CUUUGUUCUUCUUCCCCCACCAAACAAUGAGAGUCCGAAAGCAAACGAUUCUUGGAAUCACUUGAAUGAGCUCGGGCUAACUCCUGAUUGCUUGACAAUGGAGUCAACGCAAGUCCGGAGCUUCCUGAAGCUCCUACUCUUCCUCGCCGUCCUCCGCCAUUUCCCGCCCAUCUCCGCCGCGGCCGCCACUUCAACCCCAUUCCCUAAAGAAGCACUCCCCGCAAAAUCCGGCUACCUUCCGGUCAGUUCCACCACCGCCUCUGCCAUUUUCUACGCUUUCUAUGAAGCCCAAUCGCCCGCUUCGCCCCUCUCCCAAACCCCAAUUCUCAUUUGGCUCCAAGGCGGCCCGGGUUGUUCCUCCAUGUUGGGCAACUUAUACGAGCUAGGUCCGUGGCGUGUUUCUCACAGGCAAAACGUCGAACAGGUCGUGCUCAAACCCAAUUCGGGGUCUUGGAACCGUUUGUUCGGCCUCCUUUUCCUUGAUAACCCAAUCGGUGUUGGAUUUAGUAUUGCCUCAACUCCAGAAGAAAUCCCGAGAGAUCAACACGCCGUUGGCAGGCAUCUUUUUGCCGCGAUUUCAUCGUUUGUUGCAUUAGACCCGACGUUCAAAUCGCGUCCGAUGUACGUUACUGGUGAGAGCUAUGGAGGGAAGUAUGUUCCGGCAAUUGGGUACUAUAUUCUGAAGAAGAAUGCCUGGUUGCCGGCGUCAAAACGGGUUAAUUUGGCGGGAGUUGCUAUAGGGAACGGAUUGACUGAUCCAGUGUCACAAGUGGCUACUCAUGCUGCAAAUGCUUACUUUUCCGGUUUGGUGAAUGAGAAACAGAAGACCUUGUUGGAGAGCCUUCAAAAUGAGGCUGUUGAAUUAACUAAGAAAGGUAAUUGGAGCAAUGCAACAGAUGCAAGAACCAAUGUCUUGGAAAUGUUGCAAAGCAUGACCGGGCUGGCCACUUUGUAUGACUUCAGAAGGCAAACUCCUUAUGAAACAAGUUUGGUGACUGAGUUCUUGCAACAACCGGAAGUGAAACGAUUGUUUGGUGUGAAUGAAUCGAUUGUUUACGAAGAAUGCAGUGGUGUUGUUGGGGCAGCAUUGAAUGAAGAUGUGAUGAAGAGUGUGAAGUACAUGGUGGAGUUUUUGGUGAUGAACAGCAAGGUCUUGCUCUACCAGGGACAGUGUGAUUUGAGAGACGGCGUGGUGUCAACUGAGGCAUGGGUGAAGAAGAUGAAGUGGGCCGGGAUCGGGAAGUUCAUGGAGGCUGAGAGGAAAGUUUGGAGGGUGAACGGGAAGCUUGCCGGGUACGUGCAGAAAUGGAGGAGCUUGAGCCAUGCCGUGGUGCUAGGGGCCGGGCAUCUUGUGCCAACUGACCAGGCAGUGAAUUCUCAGGCAAUGAUAGAAGAUUGGGUUUUGGAGAGAGGAGUAUUUGCUGAUGAACUCGGUGAGAAGAAUGUGUCUAUCCAUUUCCAUGCAGUGCUGUGAAACCUCCCUCGGUUUACUGUUUGUGUCUGUUGUUGUUGUUGUUGUUGUUGUUGUAUAAUGAAUUUACUAGCAACAGGAAGACUUGGCCUGGUCUUGUGCAUUAGCAGUCGUGGACUAUAGUUCUGUGUUAGUGAUAAAUAAAAGGUACUGUUGCUUGGAAUCGCUUACAGAUUGCUGUUUCUCUCAAGUCUCAACCAUCGACGAGGAUAAAUCCUAAACUACUUGGAGUGAAAUGGGGAAGCUUGCAAUUGCAAUGCAAUUAUGGAAGAUUGUUUUUGGAGAAGAAACUGUUUCCCGAUGAACAGAAUGGGAUCGGCCUUCCAAGUGUUGGUCAUGGAUUUUGGAAUUGCUCACAAGUGUUUGUUUCUCUUUAACAGCAAUAAGAUAUGAUAUGAACUUGCUGGGUGAGUGAAGUAAGAGCUUACAGAAAAGGGGAAGGUUGUGAUCUUAUGGUGUUGGGGGUUGGGCAUCAUAUUGUGCCAAUUGACCAGCCGGUGAAUUCUCCAGCAACCAUAGAAUGUUGUGGUGUGGUAAGCAUGAUUUUUGUUGUAAUUGAAUUGUCGAACCUAA